GUUCGUUAAUUUCAGAACAUCCUGUAGAGCGAUAAAUACAAGAAACCGGCGUCGCAUGAAGAGAUUGUGAAUUCAAGGGCGUGUACAUAUCGUAAAAUAGUGUUUUUGUUUCUUGCCUUCGCUAUGUCACUCCGUUCUUAGCUUCCAUCGAGAUUCACAUUUCCUCUUUGCCUUUUACAUAAAAAUCAUCGUGGGAAAAUGGGCCAACGUGUGUCAAGGACGGACUUUGAGUGGGUUUAUACGGAAGAGCCGCAUGCCUCGAGACGCAAAAUAAUUCUAGAGAAAUACCCACAGAUUAAAAAAUUGUUUGGAUCUGAUCCAAACUUUAAAUGGAUUGUAACUGGAAUGGUAUUAAUACAGUUUUUGUCAUUUUUCAUUGUCAAAGAUUUAAGUUAUCCAAAACUUUUGCUAUUAGCAUAUUGCUUUGGUGGUGUAAUAAAUCAUUCUCUUAUGCUUGCGAUACAUGAAAUUUCUCAUAAUCUUGCCUUUGGACAUGCCAGACCUAUGGCUAAUCGACUGUUUGGCUUUUUUGCAAAUUUGCCAAUAGGGUUACCGAUAUCUAUUAGUUUUAAAAAAUAUCAUCUUGAGCACCAUCGUUAUCAGGGAGAUGAGAAAUUAGAUACAGAUUUGCCAACGUUAUUAGAGGCAAAGUUGUUCAGUACAACCCUUGGGAAGUUCUGUUGGGUAUUGUUGCAACCAUUUUUCUAUGCAUUCCGACCUCUUGUAACAUAUCCAAAGAUACCAACUUCUUUGGAAUACAUCAAUUUAGUUAUACAAUUGACAUUUGAUGGUUGUGUAUGGUACUUUUUUGGUAAGUUUCAGAAUUUGCGUAUAAAUUGAGAUAG